UGCCCUAUGGGCAAAAAAAAAGCAACUCUCUGUGCCUCUGUGGAUAAGUUUAAGUUUUUUCGUUUUUUCAGACAAAUAGGUAGCAAUAUAGUAUAAAUAUUUUGAUACGUACUUAGUUUUAAUAUUUCCCUAUUGUUCUUAAAAUUUCAGGCUUAAUAAACAGGCUUAUUACACAUAGUAUUGAUAACCAUUAUCAUGAGUGAAAUAACAAAGGGUGACUUUAGACAAAAAGUUACGCCUGUGGGAAACUCCUGGAUCGUAUGCAAAUCUAAACGCCAUCAAGGCCAUGUCUACUAUUUUAACAGUUUAACUGGAGAAGCCGCCUGGAAUUUAAGUGAUGCUGAAAUUGAAAAGGCAAAGUGCAGGACAAAACAACUUGAGUGCAUUCCAGGCGCUCAACCAACAACAUGUCCAGAACCAAAAGAUAAGCCACCUGGCACUCCUUAUAAACCAUUUAUUUUCAACAAUGUGACAGAACAACAGUCCUCAGUUUUUAGGUUUGGUAAUAGUAAUGCAACUGUAUGUACCAAUUUGAGCCAGGUAUCGGGGGUGAUGCAAGGUUCUCAGAUCAAUAAUCCUACCUCGAUAAAACCUGUGCAGUUGAUUCCUUUCAACAAUCAUAUAACUACAUAUACUGUAAACAGUACUACUUCCCUUUAUAAUCCAAAAGUGUGGGAUGUUCCUGAAACACAGCAAAUUUAUGUGGGACCCACAACGGCUCCUCUGCUGAACCAAACUGCUUACCCUAUAAAUGUUGGAUUUAGCAACUUAUCGCAGCCAUUGCCAGGAGCUUUAAAGCAAGGUGAAAAUACAAACACAUCAAGAACAUAUUACCCCAGAGAUAAUAAUUAUGACCAAAGAGGUAAUAGAGGAAUCAAUAAGAAAGUUGCAUAUCCUAUAAAUGAUCUAAGGCAGAAGAUACUGAAAAAAAAACGAUUUCAUAGGAAGCAGUCUAGUUUUUCUCAAGGAUCUGGUAAUAAAGGUAAUGCCAGAAAACCAGAAACCUCAUCUCACAAUGCUCCAAAUGAUGACGCGACUGAUCCGGUUGAUGUAAAUGAUGGCACGAAGAAGGGGUGCUCAAAGGCUAAUUUACAGGAAGUACCAUCAAAGUUUAAUGUAAUGCCUUUAAAACGUCUGGCUCCACUCGGUUCUAGUCUAGAUGCUUGGUUUAUAAUUGUUGAUUUGGGUGUGCUCCUGAAUGAAUUUAAAUUUGUUACUACGUUGACAGAUUCAGAUGAAAAAUGCCACCUUAUGGUUCCGAAAAGGAUUAUGGAAGAACUAAAAACAUUUGUUACUUGUACACAAAAUAUACAAGCCAGACGCAUUUUACGAUUUUUGUCACAACAGAUUGAGACAGGAUAUGCUAACAUGGCUGAGGAGCCCUGUAACCUCCAAAGAAAUGAUAUGGCAGAGGUGCUACUUAAAACUUGUGAAUAUUUGAGGGAUAAAAAAUAUCAUGUGGUUCUUAUCUCCGACGACAAUGAGGUUUUAACCAAGGCCUCGUCUAACAUACCUGUGUUUACUAUAGCCAGGAUUAAAAACCUUUUAUUCGAUUAUUCUAAUAAACAAACUGAAUUACCUAUAUGUGUUAAAAAACCGUUUUCAAUCGACAAAUUAUUCAAAAAAAAAGUUCAAAUAACUGCGCCAAAGAAUUCCUCACAAGUGACAGAAACUGUCGGAACUGAUACAUUACAUAUUGAUGGGCAAGGAAUACAAAAACAUAAUACAAUACAAGAAGUAAAUAACGUAAAAAAACAUAGCACACUAGAAACAUGUAACCGAAAACGAAGAGAGAAACAAGAUAAAAUAGAACAAUGUGUAUUGGUGAAACACACAGUUGACACAGGUAUUCAAACUGAUUUUGAAGAUGUCAAUGAAAGCACUAGAGCCUUAGAAAAACAAAUUGAAAAGGUUCCAGAGACUCUUCAAAACAAAAAAGAUAUAAGAACUGUCCCGGAACCUUCACAUAUAAAUGUUGCAGAGAACAAGAGUGAAAUUAACUUAGUAAGUAUUGAUGAAGAUCAAACACCAAAUCUUGAUACUAAAAAGAGACGGUCUAAACGGGGCAGAAAGAGAAAAACAGCGCCUAAACGGGGCCAAAAGACAAACACAGCGCCUCCGCCCAUUGAACAGAAAUCAUCUCGUAGCGACGAAAAGUCUAUUGUGGAGACGAUCGAAUCUCCUAGUAAAAAUACGACAGAUGUCGUACAAAUAGCCAAGAUCGAGGCCGAUAAUACUAUUAUAGAUGAAAGCAAUGAGAGGUAUACCACCACCAUUGAGAAACCUUCAACUUUGGCUACAAUAUCUAACUCGGAUAGUAAUGUCGCCACAAUUCGGGAAGUCGAUCCACAGAUAGCAGAAGAAAGUAAUAGCGUGUUCAAAAGUGUGGUGUUACGUAUAUUGACAGCAAUAAGAGAAGCACUAAAUAUAGCACAACUUUUAAGCGUACAAUGUCACACAGAACUGAAGAAGCCACGAAUAUCGUCAAAGGUGAAAGGUGAAUUGAAAACAAAGGUCGAAAAAGCGCAUGUGACUCUUAUUGCCAUCUGUAGAGAGUUAGAAAGAAUGGUGAAUAACGAGUCGGAGACUAUCGAUAAAAUGCGUAAGAUAUUGAAAAGAGUGAAUAUUGACAUCAGAAAUGUGGACCCAGCGCUAAUUGAACAGUACAAAUUAUCUCUCAUCAAUUUCAAGAGUAUCGCGGAUGAAUUCCUUGACACAUAUCAGACAAUAAAAUCGUCUUUCGGUACUUAAAUAUUAUUCAAAAAGUUAAGUUUUUUUAUGAGUAUAUAGUCGUAUCUUUUCGUUUGCGGUUAUAAAAUACUCAUAAUUAGCAUUAAGAAGUUUUUGUUAACAUGUGUACAGCCUGUACCUAUGUAUGUAGUUGUAAACGCGCGUUAUGAACUUGUCAUCUGAACGUAGCCUAAUCCUUGCUACGCUCGUACACAGCUUGUUAAAGUUUUUUUCUAUUACAGUUGAUUUCUAUUAAAUAAAUAAUAAUAAAUAACAGCCUAAAUGUAUGAAAUUGUAAACGCGAGUUAUCAAAACGCGCGUUGUGCUCUUGUCAUCUGAACGUAGCCUAACACAUGCUACGCUCGUACACAGCUUGUUAAAGUUUUUUUCUAUUACAGUUGAUUUCUAUUUAAUAAAUAAUAAUAAAUAACAGCCUGAAUGUAUGAAGUUGUAAAGGCGAGUUAUCAAAACGCGCGUUGUGCUCUUGUCAUCUGAACGUAGCCUAAUACUUGCUACGCUCUUACACAGCUUGUUAAAGUUUAUUUUUUUCUAUUACAGUUGAUUUCUAUUAAAUAAGUAAUAACACUGGUCAACAAAUUAUUAUUAUUUUUUUUUUGGUGCAAAUGUGAAAUACACAAUUUCUUGUAGUAUAUUUGAUACGUAAUCGAAGUCCAGAACAUAAAGUUGCACUAGCACGUAGGGAUUUAGAGAUAUACCCCUCCUAAAGUACCAAAAACGCGUUUUUUAUGAAAUUUUAUGUUAUUUUUUGGGGACAGCAGAAUUUUCUAGUAAUUUCUAACUAAAGCGUUAAGUAUAUAGUUCUACUUUCCCCGCAUUAACCCCAUUUUAAUUCAUAUUUUUGCAAAACAUUUUUUCUCAAUAUAUACCAUUUUAUAUCUAAAGUGGAGUUUUUUCAUACUAACAGACCAAUUAGGGAAGAUAGAACUAUCGUAGCUGUAUACAUAUUUCAUGAAAAUUUAUAGCUUUCGAAAUAAAAAUGAAUUUCAAUCGGGAAGAGUAGUACUUUAUAAUGCUAUUGAUAGAAACUAAAAAACAAUUUUGCUGUCCUUCAAAAAAAUCGUCAAAUAUCGUUAAAAAACGCGUUUUUGGUACUUUAGGAGGGGUAUGUCCCUAAAUCCCGACGUGCUAGUGCAACUUUAUGUUCUAGACUUCGAUUACGUAUCAAAUAAUCUAUAAGAAAUGAUAUAUUUCACCUUUGCACCAAAACUGCUGUUGACCAGUGUAAUAAAUAACAGCUUAAAUGUAUGAAGUAGUAAACGCGCGUUGUGCGCUUGUUAUCUGAACGUAGCCUAACACUUGGUACGCUCGUACACAGCUUGUUAAAGUUUUUUUUCUAUUAAAUAUUUAAUAAUAAAUUAA